AUGGGUCUCGCGGGUAUGAAAGAAGGCACGCCCGAGACCGGUGGAGUUCCUACCUUCAUCGGCCUUCGCGGUAUCAAGCUCAACUGGGCCAUUGGAUUCGCUGCUUCGGCUGGUUUCCUCUUGUUCGGUUACGAUCAGGGUGUGCUCGGUUCGCUCUACACGCUUCCUUCAUGGCUGAAACAGUUCCCCGAGAUCGACACCACCGGAACCAGCGCUACUUCCAAUGCUGCCGUGCUUCAAGGUCUUGUGACCGGUGUCUACGAGCUCGGAUGCUUUGUGGGUGCCAUCUCCAUGCUCUACUUGGGUAACCUGCUCGGUCGUCGUGCCAACAUUUGGAUUGGAUCCAUCAUCAUGGCCAUCGGUGCCAUCGGCUGCACCGCUUCGUACAGUUUGGCCCAGCUCUUUGUCUUCCGUGUCAUCCUCGGCAUCGGCAACGGCAUGCACACCGCAACCAUCCCCGUUUGGCAGAGUGAAUGCUCGCCGCCUCAUAAGCGAGGCAUGCUCAUCAUGGUCGAAGGUGCCAUGAUCACUGGUGGUAUCGCCAUGGCCUACUGGGUCGAUUUUGGCUGCUUUUUCCUCGAGCCCAGCGAAGCCUCGUGGCGUCUGCCCCUCGCCCUCCAGCUCGUGCUCAUCUUGCCCACCUUCGUCACCGCCUUCCUUCCCGAGUCGCCUCGUUGGCUCAUGCUCAAGGGCCGCGAAGAGGAGGCUCGUGUCGUUGUGGCUGCUCUUGACGAUGUCCCCGUCGAUGACCCCAUUGUCAGCAAGAAGCUCCGCGAGAUUGCUGCUUCGCUCGAGGCUGCCAAGACGACCCGCAUUUCCGACAUCUUCACCAAUGGUCCCGAGCGCAACUUCCACCGAACCGUGCUCGGUUUCAUCUCGCAGAUGUUCCAGCAGAUCUCGGGUAUCAACCUGAUCACCUACUACAUCGGAAAGACGCUCCAGGAGAACCUCGGCUUCUCGGACAUCAACUCUCGCAUCCUCGCCGCCGCCAAUGGUACCGAGUACUUUAUCGCCUCCUGGGCCGCCGUCUUCUUCAUCGAAAAGAUGGGCCGUCGCCCGCUCAUGCUUGGUGGUGCCGCCGGCCAGUGCAUCUGCAUGAUCGUGCUCGCCGUUCUCGACGUUCCCCGCAUCAAGAACUCGGGCAACGGUCCUCCUGUCGCCUCGGUCGUAUUCUACUUCCUCUUCAACACUUCGUUUGCCUGGGGUUGGCUCGGCAUGACAUGGCUUUACCCUGCCGAAAUCACGCCUCUCGCUAUCCGUGCUCAGGCUAACGGUAUCUCGACGAGUGCGAACUGGUUGUUCAACUUCAUGGUCGUCAUGGUAACGCCGGUUAUGUUCCAAAACAUCGGCUAUCAGACGUACGUCGUUUUCGCAGUGCUCAACUUCGUCAUUCUCGUCACCACCUUCUUCAUCUUCCCCGAGACAGCCGGUCGAUCGCUCGAGGAGAUGUCAGCUAUUUUUGCGCACUCGAGCAAGAUCAACCCUUACGAUGUCGUGCGCAAGGAAAAGAUCACGCCCCGACGAUACGACAAGCAGGGUCACCUCAUCAGCGACGACGUGGACAUCAUCGAAGACGGUGCCAGCGACCUCGAGAAGGGCGCAAAGCGUGGCGACCACACCAACGUCGCUACUGACGAUGCUGUCGGCACACCUACCUCGGAGGGUGCCAGCUCCUCAGAGCAGGCUGCUCAUUCUUGA